CUCCAAGAGUACACCCGCUACAACCUUUGGUUGUACAAGGAUUUUUAUUUCAUAUCCAACCCGGGGUUACUGUGAGUUCAUUACGUGACCGAUCGUAUUCAGAAUUCAGAAGGCUUUUCUUUGCACCCUUUGUAAUAUUAGUUUUUGACAAGCAGUUUUCUUGGUGCAAGAGAGGUGGACACUACACCACUCAAGCAACUCUCUAUUCUCUCUCUUACUCUAGAAAUCCUUUGUCCAGCUGGAUUAGGACUGUGUAUAAAUGUAUAUAGAUUUCGAUGGCGUCAAUGCAAGAUUUGGUGGAGCACGCCUUGCUGAUCUCAAAUGUUGUUGAAUGACAUGCUUUGACUUAACUAACUUGGCGGGCUGACGUCAGGAUGGAUUUUAGAAUAUUUCGGCUGCAGUCCUACUGCCAUUACGAUUGAAACAUCAAUCAGGCAUAAAGUUGAAUCAUUAUGUUUGGACGGGCCCCAAGAAGGAGUGACAACUCCAAGUACUAUGAGGUUCUUGGUGUAUCAAAAAGUGCCAGUCAAGAUGAACUUAAGAAGGCAUAUAGGAAAGCUGCUAUAAGAAAUCACCCUGACAAGGGUGGUGACCCUGAGAAAUUCAAGGAGUUGGCUCAGGCAUAUGAAGUUCUAAGUGAUCCAGAGAAGAGAGAAACUUAUGAUCAGUACGGUGAAGAUGCCCUUAAAGAAGGAAUGGGAAGCAGUGGUGGCGGUGUUCACGAUCACUUUGACAUAUUUGAAUCAUUCUUUGGUGGUGGGUCCUUUGGGGGCGGCGGCAGCCGCUUCAGAGCUAGCAGACAGAAACAAGGUGAAGAUGUAGUGCAUACCCUUAGGGUUUCUCUGGAAGACUUGUAUAAUGGAACUACAAAGAAGCUCUCUCUUUCCCGGAAUAGAUUGUGUUCCAAGUGUAACGGGAAAGGUUCAAAGAGUGGAGCAUCUGGGAGAUGUUAUGGAUGUCAAGGUACUGGAAUGCGUGUCACAACAAGACAGAUCGCUCCCGGAAUGAUCCAACAGAUGCAACAUGUUUGCCCUGAAUGCCGAGGCUCAGGAGAGGUUAUCAGUGAGAGGGACAGGUGCUCACAGUGCAAAGGAAACAAAGUUUCACAAGAAAAGAAGGUGCUCGAAGUAAAUGUAGAGAAAGGAAUGCAACAUAACCAGAAGAUAGUUUUUGAAGGGGAAGCAGAUGAAGCUCCUGAUACCAUCACUGGAGAUAUUGUCUUUGUUCUACAACAGAAGGACCACUCAAAGUUCAAGCGGAAGUUUGAUGAUCUUUAUAUGGAACACACACUUACUUUGACUGAAGCUCUUUGUGGCUUUCAGUUUGUCCUCACUCAUCUUGAUGGGAGGCAGCUUUUAAUCAAAUCAAACCCUGGAGAAGUCAUAAAACCUGAUCAAUACAAGGCAAUAAAUGAUGAAGGCAUGCCCAGUUAUGGCAGGCCUUUCAUUAAGGGUCGGCUUUAUAUCCAUUUCAAUGUGGAUUUUCCAGAAUCAGGGGUUCUUUCCCCUGAGACAUGCCGCGGCAUAGAGACUAUUCUGCCGGCAAGACCAGGGAAGAGCUCAUCGGGAAUGGAGUUGGAUGAGUGUGAAGAAACUACUAUGCACAAUGUCAACAUCGAGGAAGAAAUGAGGCGCAAGGAGCAGCAACGACAGCAAGAGGCUUAUGACUCGGAUGAUGAUGAGCCAAACGUGCAUCGUGUGGCCUGUAACCAGCAAUAGGUUUGUAAGAUGCUUGUAUUUUUGCUCGUAUCCCAAGUAAUUUUUUGGCUAUGUUUUUGCAGCAAAGGCCACUUACUAUUUGCUUUAGGGAUAAUUAUAAAGGAAUUAGGCUUCCUUAGUUAUGUUUUAUGGUUUUUUGUUAAUGGCAUUUUGAUAGCCGCUCACUUGGACUUGUGAACUUGCACUAUAUCUCACCAUCCUUCUAUAGCAACUAGUACAUGAAAUUGAAGUAAUACUUUAGAUGAGAAAUCAUCUGUUUACCUUUUAAAUCCAUAGCGUGAUUAACCUCAGAGUCGCAGAGACCGAGGAUUUGCUGUUGC